AAAAAAAAAAAGAAAAGGAAAAAAAGACAAGCGUGAAACCUACUCUGUCAAAAAUCAAUCCCCUCCCUCUUUUCUUUCUCCUCUGCUUUCAGCCACUCUACACUAGUCUCUGUAUACUCACUCACAAAGUAUUGAGAGAGAAAGAGAAAGAGAGAGAGAUGGGAUUUUCCUUUGUAUAAUGAAUGGGGGACUGAAACCUCUUCUUCUCAGAAGAAGAUGGCAAUUCAACUACACGACGAACGACAACUAGAACAACAGCAACAGGAACAAAACCCUUCAUUCUUGCUGGAUGCUCUGUACUGCGAGGAAGAGAGAUGGGAGGAAGAAGAAGAAGAAGUAGAAGAGGUUGUGCAAGGGGAGAGUGAGAUAUGUAGCAGCAAAACCAACAGUAUAAGAAAAGCUUCUCUUUUUCCUAUCCUCUUGUUGGAGCAAGAUUUGUUCUGGGAAGAUGAGGAGCUUCUUUCUCUGUUCGCUAAAGAAGAGCAACAAGCCCAUGUUCUAAAUCGCAGCAUUGUGGAAACAGAUUCUGCUAUAUCUGUGGGUCGUCGUGAGGCUGUGGAGUGGAUGCUCAAGGUCAAUGCCCAUUACGGAUUCUCAGCUCUCUCAGCAAUCCUAUCCAUUAACUAUCUUGAUAGGUUCCUUGCAAGCCACCAUGUUCAAAGAGACAAGCCAUGGAUGAUUCAGCUUGUGGCUGUGGCUUGUCUCUCUUUGGCUGCAAAAGUGGAAGAGACCCAAGUGCCCCUUCUCUUGGAUCUCCAAGUGGAGGAUGCACGGUUUGUGUUCGAGGCAAAAACUAUUCAAAGAAUGGAGCUUUUGGUGCUCUCCACCCUUCAAUGGAAGAUGCACCCAGUAACCCCAGUUUCAUUUCUUGAGCACAUCACAAGGAGGCUCGGGAUGAAGACCCAUCUCCACUGGGAAUUCCUCCGGCGAUGUGAGCGUCUCCUCCUCUCCGUGGUCUCCGAUUCAAGAUUCGUCGGUUGUCUUUCUUCUGUUUUGGCCACUGCCACUAUGAUGCACGUUAUAGACCAAGUUGAGCCUUGUAAUCCCACAGAAUACCAAAACCAGCUUCUGGGCAUCCUUAAAAUAAGCAAGGAAAAAGUGAAUGCCUGUUAUAAUCUCAUCCUUGAGCUAUCAAACGCCUAUAAUUGCAACCAUAACAACCCUCUGAAGCGCAAGUACGAGCAAAUUCCUUGCAGCCCAAGUGGUGUAAUUGAUGCUGUUUUUAGCUCUGAUAGCUCCAACGAUUCUUGGGCUGUGGGGUCGUCGGUUUACUCAUCGCCGGAGCCUCCGUUCAAGAAGAGCAGAGCCCAUGAACAGCAAAUGAAACUGCCAUCACUCAACCGGAUCUCUGUGGGCAUUGUUGGCAGCCCUCCAUAAAACCCUCUCUCUUCCCCCGUCUAAAAAAAAAAAAAAACUCUAUUUUAUUAUAUGGGUAAUUUCUGUUUUGGUGCAAGUUAAAGUGCCUUCCAGAAUCUAGAGCAUUUCCGACAAUGUCCACCUUGUUUUCAUGCCUUGGAGAGGAAAACACAUGCAGCCGUGGGGAGAUAGGCGGCAUUUUGCAGGGAAGAGAAGAGAAAACAGACAAGAAUAGCUGGCAUUGAAGGGAUUUUAUACAAAGUCUUGCUUCUCUGUUUUAUGUUUUUGGCAACACUCUCUUCUUCUCCAUCUACGAGUCUCUUUGGACAUACUUUAUCUGGACAUAUCUAUAUAUCAUCAUAUUCGAUAAUAAAUUCAGAACAAUUUUUGUUUGUUUGUAUAAUA